GGAUGGGCUCCACGCCCACCGAAGUAAUAUAAACUUAACUGCCUGGGUGGAAUAUAGGUCAUAUGCAAUAGCCAGACAUAAUACGAAGGUCCCCUCGACAGAGCAGAAUUGGUUUACUGUAGUCGAAAGUCAGAUUCUAUAAAGAAGUACCAAAUUACAGUUAUUUAGCAUUCCAGAUCUCGAGAACUGCUCGCGACUAUCUACAACUUUUCAGCCUCCAUUCAUUCAUUUUAGACGGCCUUCAAGCAAAAGAGACUUCACGGACGUCAUUCUACACCUCGUAGUUCAAAGACUUGCAGAACCAUGUCCACCAUCAACAAGCGGAUCCUGACGGCGCUGGGGAACGGACCCACCCGCCGGAGACUCUUCGGCCCGGUGGACCGGGAGCAGCUGCGGGAGGAGUGCCGGAACCUGCUGCGGAAGGACCUGGAGGACGCCUCCCGCCGCUGGAGCUUCGACUUCGCCACGGAAACGCCGAUGGAGGGCGGAGACUUCCAGUGGGAAGGCGUGGUGGGGGCCCGGGUGCCGGCGCUGUACCGCUCCCGCCUGGUCGGCUCGGCCGACGCACGGAGGCCCGGAGCGUCUGCGUCGCGGGCGGCGUUGGGACCGACCGACAAGGAGAACGUCCCGUGCACCCCCACCAGGUGCCAGACGCAGCCCCAAAACCUGGAGAUGACACCGGAGAAGAACCACAGCCAAAGACUGAAGAGGAAACAGACCAACAUCACAGAUUUCUACCAGGCGAAACGCAGAGUAGUAGCCACGCCACGGAAAUCGGGGCAGUGAAGACGGGGGGCCCCCCAACAGUCCCCAAAAUACCACAGCAAUACUACUGCCUCUCUCAAGAACUCAGUCCCACAGACUUAUACACUUUCACCAGAAGAACUUGAACAUGUCUAUCUUUGUGUGUAUAUAUAUAUAUAUAUAUAAAGGUUAAAUUCACUACUUUUUAUUUCCAUCGACAUCGUGACUGUCUGUGCUUCGUUCCCGUAACGUUGUGCAGCCAUACGAGGGACACUGCCUCCUUUCAUAGCGGCACAAGCCGCUAGUCCUCGUAAAAAGAGUCAGUUAAAGAAGGUAGUCAGUGACGUUCUGUUUGAUUCUCUGGAAGUGCCUCAUGCAAAGACCAUCUGUGCCCCCAACACUGAAUACAUUUUCGGCUCUGAAACUGUAUUCCUGGAAACAGAAGAGCAUGGAGGACACCCAGAAUCCAGCACCCCUUCAUCGUGAUGAUGUUUUGAAGAAGUAGUAGUCAACUGGUCUUUGCAUGGCUCUGUGCGCAUGUCUGUAUGCGCGUGCGUGAACGUAAUUAUUGGUGAGGGGUUUGUUUUAAUUUAAUACCUUCUUCCUGGUUCUGUCGUCGUCUGUCAGAAUGAUUCUCCCUCUCUUGCUGGCAUUUCCUCAUCAUAGUGCUUUUUUAAAUACAAAUCUAGAGGCUGUGCACUAGGAUCCAAAAGAACAUGCAUAACAGUGCUCACAUGACUAUCGAAUUUACAUUAAAUUUCCUGUUUUCUUGUGUGCCACACUCCUAUGGGUGCUAGUAUGAAGUCUCACAGAUCUGAGGAGUUGGCAACUAGACGUGGAAGGUGACACAGUGUUGAGGGUGUCUAAAGGAGUCUUUACCAACAGACACUCAAGGCUGGCGUUAGCUAGUGUAUGAGGGUGGAGUGCAGUCGCAGGAAAGUGAGACAUUGCCUAUAAACUGCUAAACUUCUUAAAAGAUAAGAGGCUUGGUUAUGAGAUGUAAUAAGCUUUUUAUCCACUAGAGUCCACGAGGAACACUAUGUGUGCAGUGCAAGAUAUUAAGAACAUUGAGUACAUGCAGGAGUGCACACAACCGAAAUGUAGCCACCUACAAGUACAUACAAUCCAGUCAAUCACAGCCUCAACCUGGGUAUUCGAAGCAGUGAAUCUUUUUUUAGUCUCCAAAAGUAUGUACGAGUAGAAAUAAGAAAUAAAAAAAUAUGGAAGAGUACUGUGCAAUUAGAUACACCUCAAAGUAUUUCACGGUUUUUUAGUAUUGGUCCAGUAAUGGUUAUUUAUUUGGUAUGGUGGAACAUUCCUGAUUGGGGGAGAAUUGGCGUCAAAGCUCGGCGCUAUGCAGUUUUUUUGUCAGAUAUAGAUAGCCUUGUAUUGUCCCUCAUAUCCCUAUUAAGGAAAUAUCUGCCAGCUUUAUCUCUUAUUUUCCCUAAAUUGCACUUGUAUUUGUUUAUGCAUAAAAUUGUAGAUUAUGCACAUAUAUACGUUGUCGAAAGCUAUAUAUAAAGUUGUAUUUAUUGUUAUGUAAGACUGUAGAUGUUGUGUGUCUGUCAAUUGAGAUUAAUAAAUAUUUGUAUUCUCUAUG